AUGACUUUUAUUUCUGAAGCAGCAGCAUAUUCUUUCUACAACAGAUAUGCUAAAGAUUAUGGGUUCAGCGUCCGGCUGGACCAGGUUAGGCGGUUUGAUGAUGGAGUAAUUCGGUUAAGGCGUUUUGUGUGUUCCAGACAAGACAGACGUCCCAAAAACCAACUGACCACGGAAGGCCGUGUAUAUAGGCACAUACCUGAGUCUCGCUGCGGCUGCAAGGCACGUUUGGUGGUCAAGUUUGAUGGAAGAACUGGUUUCUGGGUUGUUGAAGAUUUUCGUGACAAACAUAACCAUGACCCAGCUGAACCAUGUCAGACUCCGUUUCUUCGGUUCCAUAGGACGAUCAACGACGCGCAGAGAUCUGAGAUAUUAUCACUGGGAUCCAUGGGGGUCAGGAAGCACCUCAUUAUGAGAAAAUUCAUUGCAGGCUCCGGUUCAUUUGCCGGUGUUGGAUUCACAAGAAAGGAUUUGUACAACAUGUGCUCUAGGGAGAGGAGGAGGCUACUUUUCGACGGUGAUGCUACCACAGCCAUCCGCAUUAUGGCAAAGAGGAAAAAGAGGGACCCUGAAUUUUUCUAUGAAUAUGACGUUGAUGAAAAAGGCCGUCUGAAGCACAUGUUCUGGUGUGAUUCCCAGUCACGUAGGGAUUACCAGGACUACGGAGAUGUGCUGGUGUUUGAUAGCACAUACAAGAUGAAUAAAUAUAAGAUGCCAUUUGUUCCUUUUGUGGGCUUGAACAACCACCGUAGGACAACGGUUUUUGGGUGUGCCAUCCUUUCAAGCGAGAAUGAACAAACAUAUGUUUGGCUUCUAAAGACUUUCCUCAAAGCGAUGUGUCAACAGAAGCCAAAGGCAGUAAUCACGGAUGUAGAUGCCGCGAUGAUCGGCGCAAUCGGCGAAGUAUUUUCUGGUGUGUCGCAUCGCAUCUGCAGCUUCCACAUUGAAAAAAAUAUGGAGAUGCAUCUACCUAACAAGUCACUGAACGAGUUCAGGACUCUUUUGUAUUACACCACCUCAGAGCAAGUAUUUGAGGAGCGAUGGCAUGCAUUUUACAGAAAAUGGCAAUCCCCAAAAACCAGAACAUGGAUGAAGAGGAUGUACACCAAGAGGAAAUUUUGGGCUGCAGCGUAUCUCUCUCAAGGAUUCUGGCUGGGUAUGAAAAGUAACCAGCGGAGUGAAAGUUUAAACUCUUGUCUGCACCUGCACCUAGAUGGGGAAAUGACAAUUGUUGAUAUGAUUAUGCACUACGACAACGCAAUUGUCCGUCUCCGUGAGAACGAAGCCCACGACGGCUGCACGGCUUCACAGACUACACCAGUGGCAAUUACUAAUUUCAGAGAACUAGAAGUUGCUGCUGCAAAAAUCUUCACUCCUGCUGUGUUCUAUAUUAUUCAAGGUGAGCUUUCAAAGAUUGGCAGCAUAGAGAUCUUAGAAAAAAUGCAGGCAGGAGACUCAAACAUCUUCAUUGUGGCAUGGAGGAAUCAUGUAAGGACCAGGUUCUACGUGGAAUAUAGACCCAAGGAGGCAGAAAUUAUAAGGAAUGUGCUGCAGCAGGAAGGGUAG